GUUUCCGCUUUCCAGGCAUCUGAGGGAACCACCAGACACUGCUCAGGGGGUGGGUGCCCCAGGGACCGGACUCGGCAGAGGGCACCGACUACAGGGGUGCUAUUACCUGGUUCCUCCUAUCUGAAGCUUGGAGGAGGUUGGGGAGUCUCAUCCAUCCAUCCUGCUAUUCACUUCAACAAGGUACCAGGCACUAUUCAUUGCGUUGGGAGUCGUAAAGGUCACACACAAAUAGAUCUUGGUUCCUGACGUCCAGAAGAUGAAGAUAGAGGAGGUGAAGAGCACCACGAAGACUCAGCGCAUUGCCUCCCACAGCCACGUGAAGGGGCUGGGGCUGGACGAGAGCGGCUUGGCCAAGCAGGCAGCCUCCGGGCUGGUGGGCCAGGAGAACGCGCGAGAGGCAUGUGGUGUGAUAGUAGAAUUAAUCAAAAGCAAGAAAAUGGCUGGAAGAGCUGUCUUGUUGGCUGGGCCUCCUGGAACUGGCAAGACAGCUCUAGCUCUGGCUAUUGCUCAGGAGCUGGGUAGUAAGGUGCCUUUCUGUCCCAUGGUGGGGAGUGAAGUUUACUCGACGGAGAUCAAGAAGACCGAAGUGCUGAUGGAGAACUUCCGCAGGGCCAUUGGGCUGCGGAUAAAGGAAACCAAGGAGGUUUAUGAAGGCGAAGUCACAGAGCUAACUCCGUGUGAGACAGAGAACCCUAUGGGGGGGUAUGGUAAAACCAUUAGCCAUGUCAUCAUAGGACUUAAAACAGCCAAAGGAACCAAACAAUUGAAACUGGACCCCAGCAUUUUUGAAAGUUUGCAGAAAGAACGAGUAGAGGCUGGAGAUGUGAUUUACAUUGAAGCCAACAGUGGAGCUGUGAAGAGGCAAGGCAGGUGUGAUACCUAUGCCACAGAAUUCGACCUUGAAGCUGAAGAGUAUGUCCCCUUGCCAAAGGGGGAUGUGCACAAGAAGAAAGAAAUCAUCCAGGAUGUGACCUUGCAUGACUUGGAUGUAGCCAAUGCCCGGCCCCAGGGAGGACAAGACAUUCUGUCUAUGAUGGGCCAGUUAAUGAAGCCAAAGAAGACAGAAAUCACAGACAAACUUCGAGGGGAGAUUAACAAGGUGGUGAACAAGUACAUUGAUCAGGGCAUUGCUGAGCUGGUUCCAGGCGUGUUAUUUGUUGAUGAGGUCCACAUGCUGGACAUUGAGUGCUUCACCUACCUUCACCGGGCCCUGGAAUCUUCUAUCGCCCCCAUUGUCAUCUUUGCAUCUAACCGAGGCAACUGUGUCAUCAGGGGCACUGAGGAUAUCACCUCUCCUCAUGGUAUCCCUCUCGACCUUCUGGACCGAGUGAUGAUCAUCCGGACCAUGUUAUAUACUCCGCAGGAAAUGAAACAGAUUAUUAAAAUCCGUGCCCAGACAGAGGGAAUCAACAUCAGUGAGGAGGCACUGAACCACCUGGGAGAGAUCGGUACCAAGAGCACUUUGAGGUACUCAGUGCAACUGCUGACCCCGGCCAGCUUGCUUGCUAAGAUCAACGGGAAGGACAGCAUCGAGAAAGAGCAUGUUGAAGAGAUCAGUGAGCUCUUCUAUGAUGCCAAGUCAUCAGCCAAAAUCCUGGCUGACCAUCAGGAUAAGUACAUGAAGUGAGUCUUUCUGCAAAGAGGGACUCCCUGGCAUGUCUGGGCCUGGAUACAGCCUGCAGAUACAAGGUUAACUCCUGGCCUUCAGAUUCUGUUCCAACUUGGGCAUGGUUAGCAGCAAGUUCAGUGUGCUAAGUGUUUUAAAUUAUCAUAAUUUCUCCUGUGGUUCCUUUGAAGGAGCCCUGCCUCACCUGGCAUGUUUUCUAAUAAAUCAUUAUAGGAUA